AUGGAUACUUUCCGCUUUCGUCUGAACUGCAUCGACCACUAUCAAGCCACCCCAACAGACCUCGAUCCACCACUCCGUCGCAUUACCGGGCCAAACUCGCGCCUCUCUGCACCACAAGUCCCCGUGAUACGUGCAUUCGGCGCAACUGAGACGGGCCAGAAAGUAUGUGCCCAUAUUCACGGAGCGUUGCCGUACUUGUUCCUCGAGUACAGCGGCAGCUUAGAGGAACAUGUCGUCGAAGCUUACAUUGCAGCACUCCGAGCCUCUAUUGACCAUGCUCUCGCCGCCACCUACCGUCGCAAUGCUUUUGACGGCAAAUCAGUGUACGUUGGAUAUAUAUCACUGAUAAAGGGCGUGCCUUUCUUUGGAUACAAUGUUGGAUACAAGGUCUUCUUGAAGAUAUACAUACUCAAUCCCAUGCACAUGACACGCUUUGCCGACUUGUUGCACCAGGGCGCUAUUUUAAAUCGAGUUUUUCAGCCAUACGAGGCCCAUCUACAAUAUCUGCUGCAAUGGAUGUGCGACUACAACUUGUACGGAUGCGACUACAUCAAUUGCGCCAAGGUCCAGUUCCGAGGUCCGGUGCCAGAUAGUGACGAGGUAGACACCAAGGUGCAUAAGUGGCAUGACGCUUCUAUACCGGAUACUUUCAUCGCCGAGGACGAUCAGUAUCCUCGCCAGAGCCAUUGCACGCUCGAAGUCGACAUAUGCGUUCAAGAUAUUCUCAAUCGCCAUGAGCUGCAGUACAGGCCGAUUCACCACGACUUCCUCGAACGGUCGAGCCAGAUGCCCCGAAACCCCGAUGACAAGUACGUCCCAUCAAUGGCUAGUCUUUGGAGAGAUGAAACUCGCCGAAGGAAGCUUCGCAUGGGCCUCACCGACCCCUCUAGUAGUCCUUUCCCUCCAGAAGUCUUAGUGUCGAUGACCACGGAUCCCCGGAACACUGAAAAGGGCGGGUGGAUCCAUGAAGAGGAGUAUAGCAAGCUUGUCCAAGAGCUAAUCGAAGAGGAAAAACGACAAAUGGGUGCUAGCGUACGACUCGACGAUUUUCUGAAGCAACCUGAAGGUCUUGAGCGUAUCAAGACCGCUGUGGAAGGUAUUGAGGACUUGUACCCGGAGAACUUGGUCAGCCAAGAGCUUCUAGACCUGACCCAAGAACAACAAGCGGAUCUCGAGGAAAAUCGCAAUGCACUCUUAGAAACUGUCUUAUCCGGAAUCGUUGCAUCCCAAAAUGGUGCUGUCAAUGGAAGUGAAGGCUCUCAAAGCGAGGAUGAGAUAGACACAGAUGCCAAGUCUGGCACGGCAGAACAGCAGUCGCUGGAUCUUCUUACCGUUUCUUUGCUCGAAAGCUCCACUGAAAGAGCGACAUUUGAGGAUCCCAUUGAUGAAGGGAUACACUUGGUAGAUGCUAACGAUAACGGCUUUUCGCCCGAAACAGUCACAUCGAGCACCAGUCAAAAGAGGCGGCGCUAUUCCACGGCUAGAGAGUUCAACAAACGGCAAAGAAUCCAUGUCGCAAGUCCGCAGAUUUCUAGACGCAUUUCUCAUUGCAAUAAUAUCAACGGAAAGUACAAGGAACCGGUCAUGAAAUCAUCAGGAAACACUGAAGAUCUUACCCCACGUGCUAGUCAGCUUUCGGAAAACAGACGCAAAGGAUCUGGUUACUCGAACUCACAAGAAAAUCUAAAGACGCCUGAAUUGAAGCAUCUUAACUUUCGAGCUUCGCAGCAAGUGCCAAUAACGCCAUGGACACAUCAUAAGACUCCACCUGAAGUGACAGAUAGCAGCACGCCCAAAGCACGAUCACAAGCUUCGAUUUUAGCCAAUCAGUUGGGUAAUUCUUUCGAUGAUCAAGGCCCAACAGUGUAUUUUGCAAAUCUACCGCCUUCAUUUGACAUAGUGGACAGCACUAUGAUGCAUGCCGGUGUACCUCCUGUGAUAUAUCAGGACGCCUACUAUAGUGAUGAGACGGAUGUUCCUGAUCGAGCUCGUGAGUAUGCAGGCCGCGAGUUCAAGCUGCAGAGUUCCACAUUGCCAUAUCUGCCUCCCUUUGAUCCCAUUGGCAUAUCGGCUGCUAGUUUCGGAGAGCAUCCGCCUGUUGUUGUUGACAGGACGAAAGAAAACGCCAUAUAUCGAUUAAGAUCACACCGAUGCAGCCUACGAAACUGGGCAAUCGCCGAACCGCCUCCGUCCUUUCAAGAAGUAGAAGUGUGGAUACGUGAAGAGGCCAAACAACGAGAGGCAGCUAGAACGAAGUCGAGAAACAGGAACAUGCGCACACCGAAACCGCCCCGUAAGAUCAAGAUUGUAGAGAAUGUUUCACAGAUCGAAGGUCCUACGCAAAGGAAUAAACAUGGUUUCAAGUUCUCGCAGAAGAAGCAGUCGACUAGCGUCAAGCACGAGACCCAGUAUAUGAGCAUCAUGAGUCUAGAGGUGCAUGUCAAUUCACGUGGGUCCCUCGUGCCUGAUCCUACUGAGGAUGAAAUUCAAUGCAUAUUCUGGAGCGUGCAAGGUGAGGAGAAUGCUACCACCGAUCGUCCACGCGCUGGCAUACUUUGCCUUUCGGAAGACAAUGGCAUUGUUAAUCGUAUCGCUAAACAAGUCCGUAUGGAGGUAGAAUAUGAAGAGGAAGAGCUUGAACUCGUCAAUCGGAUUGUCGAUAUUGUCCGGCAAUUUGACCCCGAUAUUUUAACAGGAUACGAAGUACACAACGGUUCCUGGGGCUACCUGAUUGAGCGCGCCAGGAUGAAGUAUGAGUAUGAUCUGUGCGACGAGAUCAGCAGAAUGAAGUCGCAGUCUCACGGACGGUUCGGCAAGGAGGCUGAUCGAUGGGGCUUCACGCAUACUUCCACCAUCCGAGUCACCGGUCGCCACAUGAUCAACAUCUGGAGAGCUAUGCGUGGAGAGCUGAACCUACUGCAAUAUACCAUGGAGAAUGUAGUGUUUCAUUUACUCCACAAACGUAUUCCCCAUUAUCAGCAUUCAGAACUUACCGCUUGGUACCGAAGCGAUCGACCACGGGAUCUUGCGAAGGUCCUUGAUCACUUCAUCUCUCGUGUUCAGCUCAAUUUGGAUAUUCUAGAAGCAAACGAGAUCGUACCACGCACUAGUGAGCAAGCCCGCCUUUUGGGAGUGGACUUCUUCUCGGUCAUAUCGCGAGGCUCACAGUACAAGGUGGAAUCUACAAUGUUUCGUAUUGCAAAGCCGGAGAAUUUCAUCCUCGUCUCUCCAAGUCGGAAACAGGUCGGUCAGCAGAACGCCCUGGAAUGUUUGCCCUUGGUCAUGGAGCCGCAGAGUGCGUUUUACACUAGUCCAUUGCUAGUACUCGACUUCCAAUCGCUUUAUCCGAGUGUAAUGAUAGCAUACAAUUUCUGCUAUUCUACGUGCCUGGGACGCAUCACAAGCUGGCGAGGCCGCAACAAGAUGGGGUUCAUGGACUUCAAGCGCGAGCCGCAGCUGCUCGAACUAGUCCAAGAUCACAUUAAUAUUGCGCCUAAUGGAAUGAUGUAUGUAAAACCUGAGAUGCGCAAGUCCUUGCUUGCUAAGAUGCUGGGAGAGCUGUUAGAAACUCGUGUCAUGGUCAAGAGUGGGAUGAAACAGGACAAGGACGACAAGGCUCUCCAACAACUUCUCAAUAACAGGCAACUGGCACUAAAGCUUCUUGCUAAUGUCACAUAUGGCUAUACAUCAGCCUCCUUCUCUGGGCGCAUGCCCUGCUCUGAAAUCGCAGACAGCAUUGUGCAAACCGGUCGCGAGACUCUGGAGAAGGCCAUCGCUCUCAUUCACACGACGGAGAAGUGGGGCGCUGAAGUUGUGUAUGGAGACACAGAUUCGCUCUUCAUCUACCUCAAAGGACGAACACGCGAUCAAGCUUUCACUAUUGGUGAAGAGAUCUCUGCAGCCGUCUCUGCAGCGAAUCCCCGCCCCAUCAAACUCAAAUUCGAGAAGGUGUACCACCCAUGCGUGCUUCUGGCCAAGAAACGCUACGUCGGGUUCAAAUAUGAGCACAGGAACCAAAAGGAGCCCGAGUUCGACGCCAAAGGUAUCGAAACAGUCCGACGAGACGGUACCCCUGCGGAGCAAAAGAUUGAAGAACGAGCCCUCAAAAUCCUCUUUCGUACAAGCGAUCUCAGCCAGGUCAAACGCUACUUCCAGGAGCAAUGUUCUAAAAUCAUGGAAGGUCGGAUCAGCAUCCAGGACUUCCUCUUUGCCAAAGAAGUGAAACUCGGCACUUAUUCCGAUAAAGGUCCACCUCCACCAGGCGCCCUUAUAGCGGCAAAACGCAUGCUCGCCGACCCUCGCACAGAGCCUCAAUAUGGUGAACGUGUACCCUACGUUGUGAUCACCGGUGCACCUGGUGCAAGACUUAUCGACCGCUGCGUAAGCCCAGAGACGCUGCUGCAGAACGACCACCUGGAACUCGACGCAGAGUAUUAUAUCUCGAAAAACUUGAUUCCACCACUCGAACGCAUCUUCAACCUUGUAGGUGCAAAUGUCCGCCAAUGGUACGACGAAAUGCCCAAAGUGCAACGGAUCCGCAAUAUUGCCCUACCCCUAACAUCUAGACUCGACAAUGCCGCGGGAGCAUCCACCUCUCUCAAGAAAACCCUGGAAAGCUACAUGAAAUCCUCUACCUGCCUCGUCUGUCGCGCUAAACUGCCACCUACACCGCCUCACCUACCAGGAGUUGAGGCAGCAGCAUUUGCUAUGCUGCCGCUUUGCGAAAAAUGCCUGAUUCGGCCUGCGCGCUCACUGUUUGCGUUGAAGAGCCGUCUCCGGAAGAACGAGGUCCGGGUCAAGCAGGUGGAGAUGGUGUGUCGAAGCUGUUCGAGCCUGGUGUGGGGCGAUGAGAUUAAGUGUGAUAGCAAGGACUGUCCGGUAUUUUACACGAGAAUUCGAGAGCAGGCUAGGUUGAAGGGGUUAAAGGAUGGUGUUGAGGGGGUUGUGAGGGUUUUGCAAGAGGAUUUCGAGCGUGAAUGUGAAGGUGGGGACAUUGGAGAGAAGUCGAGGCAAGGGAAUGAUAGAGGCUUAGAGUGGUGA